AUGCAAACAACCCUCGUGUGCCUGUGCCUGUGCCUGCUCAGCAUGGCCAUCUCGACACCCGUGAGUAUGGCUCUCCCGGCUGCCGGGAACUGCGUGGGACAGCACCGGAUACUGCUGAAAGGCUGCAAUGCCAAGCAUGGCUUCUACGUUUUCAAAUAUGUCUACUCGUUUUCGACGCGGAGGAACCAGACGCAGAUAAAGAAGGAAGAGGCUGACAGCCAGAGCACUGUCCCCGGUCAGCAGCUGGGUGAGGACAAUGCCAGGCAGGGGCCGACGGAGGAUGGGGCAGCCCCGGAGCGAGGUGACAAUGGCAGUACCAGUGUGAUGGAGAACGGGACCAGCCUCAAGCCCAAAAACCGCAGUGCCCCAGGCAUUCGCGGGGAUGCUCACAGUCCUCGCCUGGGCACCAGCACGCAAGCACGUGGCGGUGUCAGUGUUGCGGGUCCCACCCUGGCCAGCUCGGAGGGCAGCGGUGACCUGGAUUUUGUGGUUGAAGUCGACAGUGGUGUUUCUGUUCUCCCUCAGGGAGGACGCCCCAGCGAGGCCAUGGCGGGGAACAGGUCCAGUGUCAGGAGUGAGGACAGGGAUGAUGGUGCUCCCAGAGGGGUUCCAGUGGAGGGGGCCACGACAGCCGGGAGGGAGGGGGCCCCUGCCACCAGAGGGGCUGGGGAUGAGGGCAGCGGUGAGGCCACUGUCACUGUCCCUGGCCAAGGGCAGGAGGCUGUCAUGCGGGGCACAGGGACAGGAGGUGCUGCUCUUGCCUCCGUCACCGAGAAGACGGAGGACGUCCAAGUUGAUGCCGAAGGUGUGGAUGAAUACGCUUACAUCCCCGACUCAGGGAGCAUCACUGUCACCCACGGGAAGGUGGGCAGCACAGUGAGGGGCACCAGCUUCACCCAGAUCUCUCCGGACAAGGACGAUGAGGUCAACAUCUUCAUUGGGAGGGCUAACAUCCAUGUGGGGAAGCAAGAAACCACCCAGGCUGGUGUCACUGUUGGCAGCGAGGAUGACAGCAUCCCCACUCCGGGAACCAGCAGCUCCCUGCCUGGGCUGGGCGUCACUGCGGCACAUGAUGGCGAUGAUGAUGAUGGUAUCCCUGCUCACGGGCAGCCUGAAGGACUGGCCACCACAGCCACCCCAAGCCAUGUGGACAGCAUCACCAGCAGCCCCGGGGAUGGCCGUCCCACAGGAGACAAUGAGGAUGAUGCCACUACUGUUGGUGAUGGAGAAGGACCGGUGGCCCCCGGCCCCUGGAGGGUCGCUGGUGGUGACGUUACAGGCCCUGUGGGGGCUGGCAUCCGUGGGAACGGUGAUGAUGAGGUGAGAGGUGAGGGGCAGAGGUUCGAGGGGAGGCCGGGCCACCUGGCUGUAACCAACCCCCGCCAGGAGGGUGCCAAGGAGGCCACUGCUGCUGUCCCAGCCAAGGAGGCCAGCAUCUGCCUGGGCACUGCCGUGGCCUCCCCCGGGGUAAGUGAGGGGGACUGCACCACUGCCCCGGGGAUGGCCAGCGGCCACAAGGCAGGCAAGAGUGCCGUGGUGGGGAGAGGGGGGAGCGGGGAAGCAGAGCUAGCCACCCCCCAGCCCCGCGGGGAGGGACGGCCCGGGGCUGGUGCGAGGGUCCGGCCAGGGGGAGUGGGGCUGGAAAAGCCACCCAGGAUGGACAAAGCGCCAUCCCCACACAGGAAAGCCAGCAGUCGGGCAUCGAGUGGGGCCCAGGCAAGGGCUGGCGGCCAUGGCAGCAAUGCCAGGGGCAGGCCACGUGCCACCGAAGCAGGGGGCAGCCUCCCUGCGCAGGCAGGGCAAGCUGGGGGCAGCGUGGCGGUGGGCGAAGGCCAGGAGCGGGGGCGAGGUGGCGAGGCCAGGGGGGCGGGGUCCGGGGUCAGCCGCUUCCCCGGGCACCACGGCAGGAGGCUGGGGGCCGGGGCACCAGGGGCAUUCGCAACGCUGGACCGCAGCAGGCAGGUGGACCAGGUGAAGCGUGCCGACGAGCUCCAUGUCCGUGAGCGGGCCUUUUACACCCUCGGUGGGGCGGGGGGCAGCCCCCAUGGCCGUUACACCAGCCUUGGGAGUGCAGACAGCAGCCAGUCAUCUGAGGGGGAGCAGGGCAGCCGCAGCGACAGCCGACAGACAGGACUGCGGCCCUCGGGAUGGGGAGCCCCAGGGCACCCCCAUGGCCGUUGGAGCCGGGGGACCCUCUGA